AUGGGUACACGGGGACGAGUCCCCGCCUCGUGGUCGUCUGAGCCCCGCUCGGACUCGGAGAGGACGCGACCGUUGCUGACGCAGUCUGUUGGAUCGUCCGUGGACUCGACGUCCAGCUCCAGGCGCGUCCGCGUCAACCGCUGGCAAAGUCUCAACGCGCCGCAGUCGUACGAGACCAUCUACAACACGCUGUCAAACUACGCUCCAGCCAGUGUCGUAGCCGUCGGCGGCCUCUCGCUGCUUCUGGGCGUAUUCGUGCUGAUCCACACGCAGCAUCUCGUGGUCACGGCCGAUUUCCCCCGCAGCUCCCUGAGCGUGACUAACAGUGUCGCUCAAUUUAUUGAGCACCAAGUUCAUGCCGAUGCUCGCAACUGUACGGAGCUGUGGAUCACACAGCGUGUUGACCACUUUUCGUGGCUCGCGGCCGAAGUAGGAGAUGUGACGGAUGUUAAUGCUCCGCCCAGCGGUUUGGCUGCAACUUAUAAGCAGAGAUACCUGCUGAAUACUCAGUUUUGGGAUCCAGAAGACGAGAAGGCGCCUGUGUUCUUUUACACGGGAAAUGAAGGGGACGUGACACUGUACGCGAAUCACACGGGCCUGAUGUGGGAAAACGCACAGACUUUCAAGGCCCUCGUCGUGUUUGCUGAACACCGUUAUUACGGCAAAAGUCUUCCUUUCGGGGACGAUUACAUGAAACACCUGGCGUACCUCACUCACGAUCAGGCACUCGCGGACUAUGCGGAACUGAUUUAUCAUUUGCAGAAGGAAUUUGACGCUUUCAACCACCCUGUCAUUGCAUUCGGAGGGAGCUAUGGAGGCAUGUUAGCAGCAUGGUUCCGUAUGACAUAUCCCAGCAUCGUUGCUGGUUCCAUCGCAGCCUCUGCUCCCAUCUACGGCUUUGGUGGCUAUCCUACCUUCGACGGCCAAAAAUACUGGCAAGUAGUAACACGGGAUGCAUCUCCUGACGCAGGGUCAGCGAAAAACUGUGUACCCAACGUCCAGAAGUCAUGGCCACAACUUUUUGAGCUUGCCAAGACUGAAAAGGGACGCGCGACUCUGACUUCAUUGUUCGGCCUGUGUCAACCACUAUCACGCGAGGAGCAGGGCAUCGAUCUAGCGAUGUCGGUGUUGUUUGCUUUUGACACUUUGGCCAUGGGGAAUUUUCCGUAUCCGUCCAGCUACCUCACGGGAGGUGCUGUCGACCUCCCGGCUUGGCCUGUUCGUGAAGCUUGCUCGCAUCUGGCUGGUGACUUUUCUUCUACGACAUCGUUUCGACAAGAAAGCGUGACAAAUACGACACUAUUAGUGGCUCUUCGCGACGCUGCCAAUGUGUUUUUUAACGCCACGAAAAAUUUGACGUGUUUUACGAUUCCUUCUCUAUGGAACUACGACGGUAUUUGGGACUACCAGUUCUGCACCGAGAUGCUGCCACAGGAGACAUACUUCAGCACGAACGGCAGAACGGAUAUGUUCUGGUCGCACAAUAUCACGUUCGAGGAGAUUCGUGCACACUGUCAGCGUGACUGGCACACGACACCUGAUCCCGAUCGCAUCCGUGUACGCUACGGCGACUCGUUGCUACGAUCAGCGUCCAACAUCGUGUUUAGCAAUGGUCAGUUGGACCCGUGGAGUAGCGCCGGUGUGCUGCGCGCCCCUAAGGACGCAAAGGUGACGAUCGUGGAUAUCGCGGAGGGAGCCCACCACGUGGAUUUGUUCUUCAGUCAACCAGAAGAUCCUCCGUCCGUCAUUGCGGCACGUAAGAUUGAGGUCAAGAUGAUUCAACAGUGGAUCGACGAGUUUGUCGCCUACGAGCAGGAGAUGACAUCGGGCUGA